AUGAAGUUCCUGGAGAAGGUGAAGCUGAUGAAGAAAGAAGAGCCUUUAAUGGCGAAGAAGAAUCUCGAAGAAUUUCCAGUUUAUUGGUUCGAAACUUCCGAUUCUGUCUCUCACCGUUUUCAAUUCGAAUCCGACGGUCACCUUUCUAUGAAAGUUGUUGAUGAUGCAAGACCUGUUCCUCAGAAGAUUGUUGAAUCUUUCCUUAACAAGUUCUUCCCUUCAGGAUAUCCAUACAGGUACACACAGUUUCGAGCACUUCAACAUCUCUCAAGUGCAGCAUUAUCUGUUUUAUCCACUCAGUCACUGCUAUUUGCUGCAGGCUUGAGGCCUACACCGGCUCAAGCAACUGUUGUCAGUUGGAUUUUGAAGGAUGGGAUGCAGCAUGUGGGAAAGCUAAUUUGUAGCAAUUUGGGUGCAAGAAUGGACUCUGAGCCAAAACGGUGGAGGAUUGUUGCUGACGUGCUUUACGAUCUUGGUACUGGUCUGGAACUCGUUUCCCCUUUAUGCCCACAUCUGUUUCUUGAAAUGGCUGGUCUUGGGAAUUUUGCUAAGGGAAUGGCUGUGGUUGCAGCGAGGGCAACAAGAUUACCAAUCUAUUCGUCUUUUGCUAAAGAAGGCAAUCUUAGUGACAUUUUUGCCAAAGGAGAAGCUAUCUCUACUCUUUUUAAUGUUGCCGGGAUUGGGGUCGGGAUUCAACUGGCUUCCACAAUAUGUUCAUCAAUGGAAGGAAAGUUGGUGGUUGGGUCGAUUCUCUCGGCUGUACAUGUGUAUAGCGUCGUAGAACAGAUGCGAGGAGUACCGAUCAACACACUGAAUCCACAGAGAACCGCUUUGAUCGUGGCUAAUUUUCUCAAGACUGGUAAAGUCCCAAGCCCUCCUGAUCUAAGAUUCCAAGAAGACUUAAUGUUCCCCGAGAGACCAAUCCAAGACGCAGGAAAUGUAAAAGUGGGAAGAGCUCUCCAUAAAGCUGUGAAGCCUUCUCAGGUUCAGAAACUAAAAGAAGUGUUUGUAGAAGAGAAGUUCCUAUUGAGUCACGGAAAAUCAUGGACCGAUAUGGUCUUAGAGCACGAUGCAACUGGUGAAGAUGCAUUGCGAGGGUGGUUAGUUGCAGCGUAUGCAAAGUCGAUGAAAAAGAUAUACAAUGACCACGAUGAUAUAAUAUUGCAAGACGCGUAUGACAAAAUGAACGAUGUCUUCAGUCCAUUUUUAUCGCAAGUGCAGGCUAAAGGAUGGUAUACCGAUAGAUUUCUCGAUGGCACGGGAACAAGAUUCGCUUGGUAG